AUGAGUGAAAGACCAAAGCUUCAUCGCAGAACCCUUACCGGAUUCACCCCUACUGAAAUCAAGUCAAUUGACACCGCAAUUCCUGCCAAGUGUAGAGAAUUAUGGCAAAAGUUCGGUACUCAGGAGUUUGCAACCAAGGAGGAGUUCCAAAAGAGCUUUAUCAACCACGUCGAAAAGACCCUGGCCCGUUCUUUGUACAAUUGUGAUGUCCUGGCUGCCUACCAGGCCACCUCCGACUCAAUCAGGGACAAGCUGGUUGUUCACUGGAACAAGACUCAGCAGUUGCAUACUGCCAAAGAAGCAAAGAGAAUCUACUAUUUGUCUCUCGAGUUCCUGAUGGGAAGGGCCCUGGACAACGCUCUUAUUAACCUGAACAUCAAAGACCUCACUUCCAAAGGUGUUGAUGAGCUGGGUUUCAAGCUUGAGGACAUCAUUGGAGUCGAACCAGAUGCCGGAUUAGGUAACGGUGGUUUGGGUAGAUUGGCUGCUUGUUUUGUCGAUUCUCUUUCCACCGGUAACUACCCUGGUUGGGGUUACGGUCUGCGUUAUCAAUAUGGUAUCUUUGCUCAAAAGAUUGUUGACGGUUACCAAGUGGAGGUUCCAGACUACUGGCUCAACUUUUCCAACCCGUGGGAGAUCCCUCGAUUUGAGAUUCAGAUUCCCGUUGACUUUUACGGAUACGUUUCAACUGUAAAAACACCCUCUGGAGGAUUUGUCAAGCAGUGGAAUGGUGGUCAAAGAGUCUUGGCUGUUGCCUAUGAUAACCCAAUUCCAGGUUGGGAUACAUCAAAUGUCAACAACCUGCGUCUGUGGUCCGCCAAACCUACCACCGAGUUUGACUUCUCCAAAUUCAACUCUGGUGACUACCAGAACUCUGUUGCAGACCAGCAGAGUGCAGAAUCCAUCACCUCCGUCUUGUAUCCAAAUGAUAACUUUUACAAAGGUAAGGAAUUGAGAUUGAAGCAGCAAUACUUUUGGGUUUCUGCUUCCCUAUAUGACAUUGUUCGUCGUUUCAUUAAAUCUAAAAGACCUUGGGCUGAAUUUCCCGAAAAGGUUGCUAUUCAGCUGAACGACACCCACCCUACACUGGCUAUUGUCGAAUUGCAGAGAAUCUUGAUUGACCUGCAGAAUUUAUCAUGGGAAGCGGCUUGGGACAUUGUUACCAAGACUAUCGCUUACUCAAACCAUACUGUCAUGCAAGAAGCUUUAGAGAAGUGGCCAUUGGAGCUGUUCAAUAAUCUGUUACCAAGACAUUUGGAGAUUGUUUACGAGAUCAACCAACGUUUCUUGAACUAUGUUGGUGAGAAGUUCAAGGAUGAGGAUCUUUUGAGCAGAGUCUCCAUCAUCGAGGAAAGUUCUCCUAAGAAUAUCCGAAUGGCUCAUUUGGCCGUUAUUGGCUCGCACAAGGUUAACGGUGUUGCUGAGUUGCAUUCAGAGCUUAUCAAGACCACUAUUUUCAAGGACUUUGUAACCAUUUAUGGUAGUGAAAAAUUCACCAAUGUCACUAAUGGUAUCACCCCCAGAAGAUGGUUGAGACAAGCUAACCCUAAAUUGACAGAACUCAUUGCUUCAAAGCUUGGUGGAUAUACUUUCCUCAAAGACUUGAACGAGUUGAAGCAACUGGAGCAGUUUGUGGAUGAUGCAGACUUUAGACAUCAAUGGGAUGAAGUUAAACUCCACAAUAAGAAGAGAUUGGCCGUACUUGUUAAAGACUUGACAGGGUUCUCGGUCAAUCCAAACGUUUUGUUUGAUAUUCAAGUGAAGAGAAUUCACGAGUACAAGAGACAACAACUCAACAUCUUUGGUGUUAUCUGGAGAUACCUCCAAAUUCUUGCUACUCCAGAAGAAGAGAGAGCUUCCAAGUGGUUGCCCAGGGUUGUCAUUAUUGGUGGUAAGGCUGCUCCUGGCUACUACGCUGCAAAGAACAUUAUCAAACUGGUCAACUCCGUGUCCCAAGUUGUUAACAACGAUAAGUCAGUUGGUGACCUGUUGAAGGUUAUCUUCAUCCCUGACUACAACGUUUCGAAGGCUGAGAUCAUUUGUCCAGCUUCAGACUUGUCUGAGCACAUCUCUACAGCAGGAACCGAAGCAUCGGGUACUUCUAACAUGAAGUUUGUCCUCAACGGAGGUUUGAUCAUUGGUACCGUAGACGGAGCCAAUGUUGAGAUUACCAGAGAAAUCGGUGAAGAUAACAUCUUCUUGUUUGGUAACCUUUCUGAAGAGGUAGAAGAUAUUAGACAUGAGCACAACAAGGGUACCACUCAUAUUCCUCAACAACUUGAGUUGGUGUUUAACGAGAUUCUGAGUGGAACUUUUGGUGACCCUAUUGUAUUCCAAGAACUCAUUGACAACGUCAAGUACCAUGGUGACCAUUACCUUGUCAGCGAUGACUUUGAGAGCUAUCUAGAAACACAAGACCUUGUUGAUCAAGAGUACAAAAAUAAGGAGGAAUGGAUCAAGAAGAGUAUCAUCAGUGUUGCCAACAUGGGUUUCUUCAGUUCUGACAGAUGUAUUGAUGAGUACGCUGAGAACAUCUGGAACAUUGAGCCCAUCACAGAUCAAGUUUGA